UUGUAAAAACAGGGCGAAAGUUAAACGGUGACGACGACGACGAGUCGACUUAUUCAAUGGUCAAAGAAAAAAUACUUUUCGGGAAAUCACUGUGAAAAAUUAUUAAAUAUUAUGUACUUCUUGAAUCUGACAAGAAUUUGCAACACAUCAAGUGAAUAGAUACAAUUUACAAGUGUCAAUAAAACUAUUUUACUGCAAGAAAUAAAUAUCGGUGUGAAUUGUACGUCGUGUGUGUAUGAGGAAAGAAAAAAUAUUUGUGAAAAAAGGUGGUGGUGAAUUUGCAAAUUAGAAAAAAGUUAUUCCACAAAAUCCCACAACAACAAGAAGUAAUAGAAAAAAGGAGAGGCAAUAAAACCGAUGCAGAUACAUAUGUUGUAGGCAUAGAUAGAAAAGAAAUUCAAAAGAAAGAAGAUUUAAUUAAACAUACAAAAAAUUAAUAACUUUUCGAGAAAUCCGGAAUCACCUCACAAAUACAAAGUAAAAUAAAAAAGAAACCCAUCUGAAAAAUUACAACAGUCAUUGGGCAAGCGAAGAAAGGAAGAGGGAUAAUAGCAAAAUUGUAUUUCGGAUUUGACAUUUACACACAAACGAAAACGACGACGACAACGGCGAAUAGCACAAAAGAAGAGGCGAAAAAAGAAUACAGUGCACAAAACAUCGAAUAAAAUGUCGAACGCAAGCAGAAAAAUGGAAAUCAAAUAAAGUAUUGGCCGAAAAAAAUUGCAAACAUUUCAAUUUCGUCAAAGCUUUUCGCGGAAUAUAAAAGUCCGUGUUGAAAAUCGGAACAAUGUUUUUUGUUUUUUGUUGAAUAAUUGAUUGUCACAAAGUAAAGUCUGUGCAAUAGAGAGAACUUGCAAAAAAAAGACUUGAAAAGUUUUUCUUUGAGGGUACGUACGUACGACGAUCGUACGUACACCCGUGUAGUUCGUCGUUCGCCAAGUAGCAUCAAAAUCAAACGAAUCAACCAGCCAGCCAACAACCAACCAAGCGGCAGAAGCAGAAAUAUCAGCAGAAGCAGCAAUUUAGUCGCCAGCUGGACGGACGGCCACUGGCACUUUUUCUUAACCAUUUUUGCUAUUUUGCCACACAGCACUCACAAGUACAAGUCAAGUUGCGGCGUGGUGGUGGAGAGAAGGUGCAGGGUGCAGCAGCAGCUGUAGCAGCAAAGGAAAUAGAUUUAAAAUAAAGUGAAAAGCAAAGCUCCACCUAAAAGCUACGAAAAUAUCACAAUCAUUGUUAUUAACAACAACACCAACCAUCAUUGCAAAUAUUUCUCCAAUGAGCAACCUUUUGCAUUAAGGGCAUUACAGAGCGUUAUAGCGAAAAUCAAAAAGACAGAAAAUUUGCAUAUAUUCUUCCUUUCUUCGAGUAAAUCUACCACCCAACACAACGACUCACAAUGGAUUAUUUUAUGGGAUCUAUAGGAGGUUUUGUUUACAUGAAUGGGGAUGCAGUGAAGAUACAACAACCAGUUGCUACCACCGUCUAUACAAAUGUUCCUGUUGAUACGGCAAUGUUAGCGACCAAUAUAUACGGUCAACCUACACAAUUGGCAGCUCCGGCCGCAACACACAUCCCAUUGAUAGCAACAGCCGCUGGUCCGCAGCCAACCCAUCAUCAAGCUUUACAAGUCGCCCCGGCACCGGGUCAACAUCAGCCGUUAAUUGCCCAUACAGCGGCCACACAUACGCAACAGCCCACAUUACAAACAGUACAGGCAGCAGCCGCCGCCGCUGCUGCAGCUUCUGCAACACCGCAAGCACCACCACCUCAUCAGUUGCAAGGUCAUCCACAACAAUCCCAUAUACAGUACGCCCAUCAAGCCCCCAUGGCUGCUGCAGCGGGUCAAGGGCCGGCCGUUACAACAACAACGAUUGAUAACACCGAAUAUACAGUGAUGAAUGGAGAUGGUACAGUUGUUUGUUAUAGUCAAGACGACUUGCCGGUAGGCGUGAGUGUGGGCGUCGGUCCACCGGGUGCAACGAACUUAGUUGCUGUUGAUCAAAUGUCUGGCACACCUGUUACAUCAGCAACGGCCCAACAACACAAUGCUCAUGCUCAACACCAUGUGAUUCUUACCAACGUUCCGCCUCCAACGUCCCAACAACAACAACAUGCGAUAGUACAACAACAGCAGCACCAACAGCAUCAGCAUCAGCCUCAACAGUCUCAGCAACAACACAUUGGUGGUGGUGGCAGUAACAAUGCCAAUAUGGCCAACAGUAAUAACAAUAAUAACGUCUCCUCAGGCGCAAGUGGCAAUAGCGGAGGUGGAGAUAGCAGUACAAUGUCCUUGGAGCAAUUGAAGCAAUCUUUAGCCACGCAAUUGGAAUAUUACUUUUCAAGAGAAAACUUAGCCAACGACACAUGGCUUUUAUCUCAAAUGGACAGCGAUCAAUAUGUACCUAUAUGGACAGUGGCCAAUUUUAAUUUGGUUAAAAAGCUAACCAAAGAUCUUAAGUUAAUAACGGAAGUUCUUAGGGAAUCGCCAAAUGUGCAAGUCGAUGAAGAAGGCCUUAGAGUAAGACCAAAUCAUAAACGAUGCAUCAUUAUUUUACGUGAAAUUCCAGAUUCGACUCCGGUUGAAAGUGUUAAGAACAUUUUUAACAGCGAGAACUGUCCACGGGUACUGUCUUGUGAAUUUGCUGGUAAUAAUUCCUGGUACAUAACAUUUGAGUCUGAUGAUGAUGCACAAAAAGCUUUUAAGUAUUUAAGAGAAGAUGUUAAAGAAUUUCAGGGCAAGCCUAUAAUGGCUCGUAUGAAAGCAAAACCAUUUAUACAUAGAUUACCAAUUGGUCCCGUGUCCGCAUUGAAAAAUGGAUACCGUUUAACUUCGCCACCAGCGAAUGUUUACGAUCCAGGAACAGCUGCAUCGGCGGCUGUAGCCUAUAGUGCAGCCCCUCAACGUUUUGUGUAUGCAGCAAAUGGCGCUGCAAUGACUCAGCCACCGGUUCCUUACAAUGGACAACUUUUAAUCCAAUUUCCACAGCAACAAUUUUUCUCCGGCAUUGUGGCACCUUGGCCAACGGCGGCUGCUGCCGCUGUAGCAGCAGCCGCAUCUUCAGCUCACGGCCAAAAUUUUUAUGAGAUCGGCAAUGUGUUUGCGGCUAAUGGGUUGCCUCCUGCAGUACCUGCAUACAGCACUACAUCUCAACCACCAACUGCGACUCCUGGUUUAACUGGAAGCACGAAACCGCAAAGCGGUGGUGGAAGCGGUGGUAAUAGCAGCGGUGGUGGCAGCAGUCGUUACAAUAAUAGUCAUCGAAACAAUUCGAGCAACACAGGAGGAAAUUCAGGCGGUGGCCACCGAAAGCAAUCGCGUAAUGCAAAUAUGCAACUGCAACAAGCUCCACAACCUCAAUUAGCUGGAAGCAAUAUAAUUGUAUCCAGCGUCAGCGUCGGAGGCACUGGUGGUUUAGUGAGCGUAAUGCCAGCAGCUAUUGUUGAUCCACAUCAGCAACAACCAAUGGCACAACAGCAUCAAAUGCAACAACAACAACCCCAACAAACGACUACAAGUCAACAGCAGUCUGUUUCGCAGCAAAGCAGUAAUACCAGACAUUACUCCAGCAUGAAGUCUAAUACAGGUGGCAUUUCAAAGUCAUCAUUAGAUAAGUCCUAUGCUGGUGGAAAUACGGGUGCAAUUACCAAUCAUCACCACUACAGUGCCCAGAAUCAAGCUACUCAUCACGUACAAACACAACAGCAAGCCCAACAAAUACCAGCUGGCGCUGCAACGCAUAUACAACAGAGUCACUAUCAAAUGCCUUCCUCAAACACACAAAGCGGUGCAAUGCAACAUACUUCCUAUACAGCUCAUUCGGCACCCACUGUUUCGGCUGCACAACACCACCAUUCGCAGCAACAGCAGAUGCACCAGCAACAACACGAAUUGCAAGAAGAUGUUAGUGAAGUUAUGCACCAAACACAGGUGCAGCAUGUCCAGCAACAGAGUGGUGGCGGGGGUGGCAGUGGUGGCCAUCACCACAAUCAACGAAACAAUAUCACAUCUUCCUCCGCAUCUUUGGCCAAUUCAGUUGGAGGUAGUGGUGCUGUCAGUAAAGACCCUCCACAUUGGUCUCAGUCGAGACCUAGACGGAGAAGACGCGAUGAUGAUAACUCUGGCAUGAAUUAUUCUCCAAAUAAUCGCAUUGGCGGUGGGCAAUCAUACAAUUCGGGACAUCAUUCGCAACAAGGUGGUAAUACCGGCGGCGGCGGCGGAGGAACGGGCAUGUCUUCUGCUCAGGGCGGCGGGCAUCAUCAUUCAAAUCGAAGUGACAUCAGUGGUGGUGGUCAUCAUGGUGGCGGUGGUGGUGGUGGUGGUGGUGGUGGUGGAGGCUAUUCGUCCCAUCGCAAUGACAAUGAACAUCGUGGUGGUUACAAAGGUAACAAUUACAAUCCGCAUUAUAAUAGUGGUACCGGAGGCCAUCACCACUCCUCGAACACUUCGUCAUCUCAUCAUCAUAAUCAACAUCACAGCAAUGCAACAACAUCUGGUUCCUCUCAGCAACAAACGCAACAGCAGCAACAACAUCAUUCUUCUUCCGCUUCAUCAUCAUCUGCACAUCAUCAAAUGUCUUCAUCCACUUCGCAUCAUUACAAUCCGCAUCAUCACAACAAUGAAGGUGGUGGUGGUGGAGGUGGUGGAGGUGGAGGAGGUGGAGGUGGUGGGGUUAGUAGUGGACGUGAUGUUGGUGGUGGACGAAACUAUGAAGGUGGCCGCCAUGCUGGAGGUGGUAGUUCAUCUGGUUAUUCUGGUAAUAAUGAUCGAUCUGGUGGAGGUCAUGGUGGCGGUGGUCGACACCAUGAUAACUACCAUCAUAACAGCCAUCAUCAGGGGGGUCAUCAUCAGCAUCACCAUCAUCAUCAACAACAACAACAGCAGCAACAGCAAAAUGUUGCACCACCACAGCCGCCGCAAUUCGAUUUAGAAGCAGCUGCAUUUCCACCACUGCCAGCCACCUCCUCAUCAGUGGCCUCUAGUAAUGUUGCUUCAGCCGGUGGCUCAAAUAACAGCAAGCAAACUGCCAAUACGCAGCUUCAACAACAGCAACAACAACUACAAGUGAGUUUAAAUGAUGCUACAACAUCUGCCAAUAACAACAACAUGACUAUCAAUAGCAAUAAUAAUAGUAGCAACAGCGGCAACAACGCCACUGAGCAGCAACAAAUACACCAUCAACAGCCACAACAACAACAACACCAGCAGCAGCAGCAGCAGCAACAACAACAACUUCAACAGCAGCCAAAAAACGUCAAUACUCAACCCUAUCACCAGCAACAUCAGCAAUCUCCGCAAUCAAAUAUAAACAGUAAUGCUCCGAUGCAACAAAAUAGUUCCUUAAGCGGUUCGGGAAGCAGCGGCACUAAUGGUGGUAGCGGUUGGUCUGAAAAUCGUUUAGCUGAUGUAGUGCGCGGCAGUAGCAACAACAAUACUGCCGGAGGACCCGGUGCUAGUAGUGGUCUUAAUAGUGGUAAAAAGAUUCGCAAAGAUUCUGGCCACAAUAAGCAACAAUAUUACUAUCAACAGUCGCAACAGCAGCAGCAGCAGCAACAACAUCAGCGUGGCAAUGCUGCUGUUAGCCCCACACCCAGCAAUAAUGCUGCAGCAAUAGUGAACACAAAUAACAACAACACCAACACCUCAACUUUCUUAAAUACACCCGCCAUAGAGAACGCUACUAAUUCAGACGAUAGUAAACGCGACCAAAUUGUCGGAAAUAAUAACAAUAUAAACAAAUCAUUGACAAAUAAACAAAGUUCUAAUAAUGCUAAUAACUCUCCAACUGUGAUAAAGUGUGUAACACAACAAAACAACAAUACAACAAUUAUUAAGGCCAGCAAUAAUGUUGCCGCCACGUACAUUGCCCCCUCCUCCUCAUUACCUGUUGCUACAGCAGAAACCGCAUGCGGUAGCAGUGGUAGUAUCAUCGGUGGCAAUGACACAACUACUAAUCCCAAUGACAAAACUAACAAGACUGAAGAAUAUUUGGUAUAUGCCAUGGAUAAACCAAUAGCAAGUGGGAAUAGUGGUCAAAAUAUGAAAACACCAUCAGCAGGUGCAUAUACGGCACCUGCGACGAGUAAUAGUUUCAGUCCAAGCGGUGACGAGCGCAAUGCUAAAAAUGUUGGAUCAUCGAUUACAACAGCUGCGGCGGUGUGUAGUGUUGCCACAAUGACAACUAGCCUUGCCGAGUGUAAUAUAAAUAACCAUAAAAAACCCCCUGCCAUUGCAGCAUUAAUUGCCAAAAAAGAAUCGCCAAAAGAAGCUACCAAGCAAAAAAAUGCCUCCACAUCUACUAACUCGACAUCUACGGAAAAUUUAGCUGCCGCCAUACCAUCAUUGAAUACUGCAAGUGCUGCAACUGUCUCUGCUACGGGAGGAUCUUCGGCUUCUCGACUUAGUUAUGCUCAGGUGGCCCAACGCAAAGAUGACAAUAACAGCAAUACGUCAUCAAUUGGGAUAACUUCAUCGCCCGUAGCUGUAAAUAAACAAGAGAUAAGUGGCACACCUUUGUCAACCUCUACAGCGAACCAUACUUCCCCCAUUACCACCAUUGUACAUAGUAACGAAAAGACUAUACCUUUAUCUAUUAGUUCUACAUCUGGUAAUUGUAGUAGUGGCUCCACGAACAAUAACGCUAUCGGUAGUGUUAGUGGUGCAAAUUCCUCAGGUGCUGGUGCUGCGUCGUCAAGUCUAACAACUAGUGCUGUGAACUGUGGUGGCAAUGUAUCAUCGGUGAUGUUGCGCCCCGAAAAUUCCAAAGAAAAAGAUGCCACUCGUGAAAAUCGUCAAAGCACAGGAAGUAAUGCUAGUAUUGGUGGCGGUAGUUUGAAUAGUAGUAGUAUAAAUAGCAACACAUUUAUUGCAUCUAACCGCAAUCAACGUGUUGAUUCCAAAGACAUGAAAAGCCCUCAUACUCGUGAACGCACCGAUACUAUUGAAAGUAGUAGCAGUAGUUCCGUAAACGGUCGUAAAGCCAAUAGAAAUAAUAACACUAAUAAUUAAAGAACUUAAAUGAAACGUCCUAAUAUAGUUGCAGAAUUAAAUGAAAUAUUUGUUUUUCAUAACCAAUCGAAAAAAAAGAAAAUCAAAGAAUAUCCAUUCUUAAGCAAAUGCAUACAAAAGAAAACUGAUUGGCAAUUUCUUUAUUGGCGUCGUUCGAUUUUGUUGGUCAAUGCAAGUAAAUUUAUGGAAAAAUAUACCCAGAGAGUAUAUUUUGCGAGCCUUCAAAUGUCGGUUAAGAUCCCAACUGCACAUUAGAGUACACCACCAAUAAACACACAAAUGAUUGUGACAACAUAAUGCCAUUAAUCGUAUAAUGUUAAUCUCUCAAAAAGAUCAAUUGUGAUCUUCUUUUCUCCCUUUUUUUUAUUUUUUUUUUUUUUGCAAAUAUGAACAUAGUUUUUGUUGAGUUUGAAACUUUUGUUUUGUUAAAAUUUUAAAAUAUCUUGACGAAUAUUAUAAGCUGGACUAUUUACACAAGUAAACGACAAAAGAACUAUUAUUACUACUACUAUCAAUAACACUAUAUUAACCACUUCUACUACUAAACAACUAUUUGUCAGCUAAUGAGAAAACCAAUUGCUACCACUUCGUUGAAAUGUCACUGAUAAAUGUAUAUCAUCUAUAAUUGAAAUUCACAGCGCAUAAUUGCAUUAUGUAGCAAGCUAAAUGUAACUACUAUAGAACAUGUCUCCCUGUACUGAGAAGUGAUUUCCCUCUAUGAACGUUAUAAGCCAUUUCACAGAAUGCGGAACGACGAUGAACAUAAAUACUUAAAGGUAUAUUAUAUGUCUACAUCAAAUGGAUUAUUAAAUCACAAUUUUUAUAAAAAAAAAACAGAGGAUAAAAAGUUUGUAUCAUAAACAAGGACCAGUCAAGUAAUAAUAAACUGUUUUUUAUUAUUAUUAUCAUUAUUAUUAUUGCUAUUACUAUUAUUAUUCUAUUAUAGGUAUAAUUUAAUUAUAUAGUCUAUUAUAAAACAGAGAAGAAAACAACAAGAAAGCAACAAAUUUGUAUGAAUACAAAACAAACACGAACGUAAAUUGAAUUUACAAAACAUAACAACAACAACAUUUUAAUAAAGUGAACUAAUGUACAUAAUCAUUGUACGUAUGUUUGUGUAUAUACAUACAUAUAUAAGUAUAUGUAUAUACAUACACACACACAUGUGUAAACAAAACAUAUAUAUAUACAUAAAUGCCAAGCUGGGCAAAACAAGCAACUAAUGCUUAUUAGUUUGAAUGAAUAUUAGUUUUAUUUUUUUUUAUUGAAAAGGAGGAGGACAAACAAGAUAUACAAAGGACAACACAAACAAAAUCUUUUUUUUGUUCAUGUGUAGUUAGGUAGUUUUUGACUUCAAAAAAUUUACUUAUUUUACCAAUAGGUCCUAAGUUUAACAAUGAGUUACGUAUAUACAUGUAUAUUUUUAUUUUCAAACUGCUACAAAAUAAAAAAAUGGUUACAAAGAGAACGAUUGUCGAAUCGAUUGUAGCAGAAACAGCAGUUAGGGAAAAUGUACAUAGCAAAAAUGAUGGCUAAAAAUUAUAAAAAAAAAAAUUAGUUUUAGCGUUUUUUUUAUUUCGAUCUUUUAGUUCAUUUAUUAUAAUUUCCUUUUGCUUAUCAGGCAUACAUAAAUUCCCAAUCGGACAUAAAUAGUAAAAUCCAUUUUUAAAAAUAUAAAUAAAAAUAAAUACAAAGAAAUUGGGGUAAUUAUUUUCUUGUCUGUCUGUGCUUCUUUUUAUUUAGUUUCAAAAAUCUUUAUGGGAUUUCAACAGGAAAUUCUCCAAAUUUAUACUAUUCUGUUCAAUGCUUCCAUUCAAAGAACACCAUGCAAUAGAACAGUAAAAGUGUUUGAGUUCUUUGGGCGCUAUUAUUCUUUCUUUUUAUUAAAGCAGGAAACAUAAUGGCCUACAGCUGGAAAAUAUUCAGGCCAUUGUUUGUUUUUGUUUUGCUAAACCAGAGAAAUUUAGGGUGAAGAAAUUUGUUUUUUUUUUCGAAUUAAUCGACAAAAACAUUGAAUAUUAACAUGAAUUCUAAGUUUUUUUGUUUGCUAUAUUGGGAGGAAAUCGAGAGAAAUUAAGAUGAAGAUUUUUUUUAACAUAACCUUAUCUUACAAGCAUUCUAGAUUUUUAUAACAAAUUUGAAAUUGCGGAUUAUUGUAUGCACUGGACCCAUAAGUUACACUCUAUAUCCGGUCAGAAUCCCAAAAUAUUUUAUUUUUUCUUACAGAGUGUAUAUUGCAAUUUAUAAUAGCCUUAAAGUACAAUUUUUAGCCAAUUACUGGCUUCGGUACCGCACCACCUUUUCAAACGAACCUAGUAUCGCACACAUCACUAGAUGAUGCUUGCUUCUGUGUAAAAAUAAUUUAAAAGAAGCACAACGCAUAUGUCUUAAAGAUAUUGACGAAACAUUCUUCCAAGUUUUCCGAAGUGGGACUUAUAAAAUGGCUUUUUUUCUAGGGUUUCCAUUUCAACUGAACUUAAAUGUGCUCACAUUAAUAUUUGAUGCAUUUUGUUUUUGUAAUAACAAUUAGUCGGCAUCAAGGGAUAAAAAGUCGUUGUAAAUCAUUACAUUAGCCAUUAUUCAAAAAAAAAAAAAAAUCAGAGCUAAAUAAAAAAAAAUAAAAAUAUGCAUAUUUUGUUAAAAAAGGUUUAAUAGAAGUGUUGUUUUUGGAUUUUUGUUUGCAGACAUAUUUAGCCUUAAUACCUCUUAAUAUUUAAAUUUAAUUUUUUUUUGACUCAAUUUAUGAAUCUCACUAAUUUAAUUUUCUUGAAUUUUCGUGUUUUUCAUAUAAAUAAAUAAUUCUCAAUGGAAUUUUCGAAAAAAAAGAAUUAUAUAUAGUGCAGGGCUUUUUGAUUAUAAAAAAAAAGUUCACACAGGUGGCUACAAUUUUUCGUAGGAAAAUUGAAUUGGCUCAAACUAUAAAAUCCAUCUGCAAAAUUUAAAAUACUACAAAAUUCAACAGACUGGAUUGACCUACUGCUAAAGCCUCUAAAGUUGUGUCACUUUCAUCGCUGAUUCCUCCGAAUCUAUUACCAAUUCAAUUGAUUUUUCUAUUCAAGUGAGUGACACAAACUUAGUCGAUGUGGAUUUGUUAGUAGUGUUUCCUUGUCCCUUAUGUCGACUCGUAUGUUAUUUGCCCUUGGGAAUGUAUGUUAUGUGAGUGUCGUCAACCAAUAUAGUUUUUUUUUUUUUUAAAUAAUCCCAAAUUUCAAUUGAAUUUAAUUUUUGGUGCUUAAAAUUGUGUUGCCUGCUUUUCAAUGAGAAAAGCACUGCAUUAUUUCUGUUUUUCUUUUUAUUCUAUGAAAACUAGGGGAAAACAUUUGUCACCAUCGUUUAAAAGACUGUAGGCUUUUGUUUUUUUUUUAAUAGAUGAAGGGUCUGUUCUAGAUAAGUUUUCCUUUUUAAUUCUAUUCAUGUUUAGUUACUUUUCUAUUUGUUUUAAGGAUAAUAUCAAAAACUAUAUAAAUAUUUGUUUAUAUAAGUAUAUUACGAAAGAUACAUAAAAUUCUCUCAGUUUAAUGGUUUCACGUUCACUCUAAACAUACUUUACAUAUUUAAUAAUCAAAACAAUUAUUACUUAUUAUUACUAUCACACACUCAAUAUAUGAAACAAAGCAAACAAUACAAAUCACAGCACAGUGCCACUUCAACUACAACUUAAAUUUAAUAAGACACAAACUAAACUCGCUUUAAAAAAAAACAUUGUUUAUGUCAAUAAUAAUUUUUCAGAAGCAUCCAGGAAUAUUCACUACACAACCCUGUCCUCCCCCAAAGUAAAACAGGAAAAGCUUUUAAUGACGUUUUAUUUCAAUUUUCCUCUAACUCUCACUAACUCGUAAACAAAAAAAAAAAAAAACGCAAAAUGAGCAACGUCCAUUAAAGUUAAACUUUAUUUUAAAUAACCACAUAUAAAUACCUAAAACAGGCAGCACGAAACCCCUAAAACUUUAAUUAAAAAAAUGUUUUUCAUAUGUUAACCACAAGGAUAUUAUGGGCAAAUUUCACACAAUGAAAAUUUCUGUGCUUCUCCGUGUACAACAAUAGUUUAUUGUGCUAAAGAAAGGAUGAAAAUGAAAAUUUUUAACAAAAUGAUGCCAUUUUUUCAAGUUUUCACGUAGAAUACAAAGAUACACACAGUUUUUUAAUAUUAAAUCACAAUGCAAGAGUUACUUCCUAGGCCUUAGUUCCUUUCGGCGGAAUAUUUAUUUUGUAGGUAGCUUAUUCCCUUCAAACUUCUAAUGUUACCUGCAAUGUGCUACAUUUUAAUUUAUUCUCAAAAAUCUUGCUGUAUACAUACAUUCUGAUGUAGGAUAUAACAAAAAAGUUUAAUUUUCAACAGUAAAUUUUAAUGAGAAAUCUUUUCUUUUUGAAAACUGAGGCACUUUUCUUCAUAUUAUUUUUGUGCUUAAAAGAAGAAGAUGAACUCGCCGUAGUCCACAGAUUUCCAAAUUAAGAUUAACAUUAACAAUAAAUGCCUUGACCGGAAGUUAAAAUUAGUAUAAAGUUGACAAUUUUUGUCAGUUUUAUUCGAUAUCGGCGUCUUAAACGUUCAACUAUUAAAUAAGUUUCAAAAAACGUUUACAAUUCAAUGGAAGAAAUGGACAUUUCUAUAACAAAUUUGCCCGUUUGCAGCUCAACUAAAGUUGGUAUGAGACCAAUUGUACUUGUUGAAAGGCUAGUGCUAGUGACAAGUGCAAGUCACAUGUAGUGUAUGGAUUUCCAGGCCAAAGUUGUACUGGAUGGUUAUCGAUAUCAAAUGCUAACAACGAAUACCAUGCGAUCUGCACAGUAAACCAAUUAAAUAAAAGACGGCAAUUAUGUUAUGAUAGGAAAAUCAAACUUAUGUCCGUUUGAGUUCUAAAAUAUCUGUCUUAUGAGAGUUUCAAGAAGAUCAUCUCCGUGAAAUGAUAAGCCUAUGAAAAUCCUUGGGUUAAUUAUUUCAAUGUAUUUUAUAAGAAAGUUGACGAUGAUGUGCCAUUAAAAAAAAACCCCUAUUCAAAUCCUAGUUAACCAUUGACCCUAUGUUAUGAUUUUAUUUUGAUCGAAAACUGCUGCAUAUAAAAUUUAAAUUAUUUUACUUCAAGAUAAUACUACUGGUCCGCUUUGUGUACAUAUUUAAUAAAGUAUGUAUAUAUAUAUAUAUAUAUAUAUAUAUAUUAUAAUAUAGAACACACACAUAUACACACAGCCAAACACAACAAGCCCCAUAGAAAUAGUUAUAUAUAAAAAAUUAAAUAAAAUAAAAAGGGUUCAAGUAGUAUAUACAUACAUAUAUAUAUAUAUAUGAAUAAUUUUACUCCUAAAUAAAAAAAGACUACAUCCUUUUUGUGAAUUCGCCUAAAAACAUUGAUGAAGGUUUGACUAAUUUUUAUACUACAUACAUAUAUAUUCCUUUUUACCAAUGAUCCUACAAUCCAUUAUUAUAAUUUCUAUGUUCAACUAGAAGCGUAUGUACCUUGAAUAUUAAGAAUCAUCAUAAAACACACAGAUUUUGUUUUUUUUUUUAUGCAGAAUUUAAGAGGGAAUCUCAUUCUUGGCCUUGCUUUGCUGAAACACCAAUAACUAUGUAUGUGUGAAUGUAUGAAUGUGUUUGAGGGGAAUAUAAAAGAUAUUUUAUGAACUAAGCCAAGGUCCACGUAUAGAAAACCACACGAACUUUUUUACCCAAUGCCUAAAAAUGCAUAAGCAAUCUUUGUUGAAGCAUUCUUUUUUUGUUAUUAAAUUUGUUCUCUUUAAAAACUAAAACUAAACAAAAGUGGGAUAUUAGUUAAAAGAAAUGUAAGAAAUUGUUAACAUAUAUCAAACAAAUUUAAAAAAAAAACUUCGCAAAGCCCAGCCAAAGGGUGCAUAUAGCCUUUGCUAUGGAUUGCAUUGGUCAAGUCGUACCACAUUUUAAAUGGAUGUUGAAAUUCUGGAAAUUAUUGUGAGGUCUUUAGCUAUAAUAAACUUCUCUACAAAUAAGUGUUUUUAAACGGCACGCCAUGCGGACUUGGUAAUAGAAAGGUGAUCAAUUUUUACCAACGAAUCAAUAUCUAUCUAUAACAAAAUUCUGCUGUUUUCUGUGUUUCUUCUGUUAUUGAAAAGACUUUUUUAUACAUAGUGACUUAUCCAGCUUGGAGCGCUUAUAGUAUGAGUUCAUCACAUUAUUCCUCCAUAUAUAGAUGUAGCCUCCGUGCUAGCUGUGAAGUGUGCUUUUUGAUAUACUUAAGUCGUAUACAUAAAGUCGGUUACAUUCGGUAGAUUCUAACAAUCCCCUCCGUAAAUAUGAAUUAUGCAAUAUAUACUUGUUAUUGGUGUUCCUACAUUUAUGUUGUUUCUGUAUUGUUUUUAAUAUCAAUUCCUACAACAUCAGUAUUUCUAAAUUCAAAAUUCUAAAAUUUAUUUACAUUAUAAAAAAAACCUUGUAAGCUGCUAUAACUUUGGCAUGUUUAAAUGGACUUAUUAAAUUGCUUUUUUUUUUGUAAGUAAAUAAAGGCUUACAACCUAUUUAAGUCAUAUGUUUUAUUCGUUUUCGUUUUUAAACAGAAAAUCAAGUUUUCUCGUUUGUAUCCUAACAAAAUGUUUUUUGGACAAAAAAAUUCAGUUGUAAAAAAACACAAUAUUAAGAAUUGAAAAACAAAACGUAAUUGCUAAAGUGCCUACAAUAAAAUAAAAUGAAAAAAAAAUAGUAUAACAUUGUAUAUAAAAAUAUUUAUGAUAAGGUUUUUAUUUAACGCUAAUUUCUUUGCCACUAUGCACUUAAAAUAAUGUGUUUAGAGAGCAAGUUUAUUAAUCUUUUGUUCAUGUUAUAUUUUGUUUCCCUCCUUGUUUCCUUUGUACUUCUUCAUACAAAAAAAAAAAAUAGUUACAUAUAUGUAUUUAUGCCUUAAAUAUAAUACAUACUGUAAACAUAAUACGUUGUAUAUAGUAGACUAUGGUAUCUAGAGUAGGAACAAAACAAAAAAUCUUCCAUUAUUUGUUUACAUCUUAUAUGCAUACACACUACAUACUACAUAUAAUCACCAUCAUCAAUCGCCUUUCAUUAUUAUUCUUCUAUUCUUGAGUAAUUGGGUAACUUUAUUCUUGUGUUUCAUUACAGAUAUGUUAUUUUUUUAGAAUUUGAUUUAAUUUUUUUUUAAACUACUUUCGCCAUACCAAGUUUAAAGCAAAAAAAUUUAGUUAUGGAAAGAGAAAUCUUCAAAUAAAAAACGGUUAUUUAAGUUUGGAAUAAUGCACAUUUACCAAAAUUAAUUGAUUGAUUUAUGUAGGUAGUAGUGUAUACGAAACAUGCAGUAAUGCGCGAAAAUAUAAGGACAGUGGCUAGGCAGACAAAUACAGGAUUCUUAAGCGUGUCAAUUUAUACCUACAUCGAUUGUUUAAAGUAACUUUUUUUAAUACGUGUAGAAUGCAAAAACAAUUUCUGUUACGAAAAUUUCAAACAUGUGCUGUUUUGAGUUACGAAUGUUGCCAAAUUGUAUUCUAACAGCUUACUAGUAACUUAACUAUCUCUUGUGGUUCAAAAGUGCUUGGAUCAUGGUUCAGUUCUGGCGAACCGAAACUGGUAUAACUACAUAACGAUCCCCCUUAUUCCGGUUGGCGAUGGUGUCAUAGACGAAUGUUACAAUUUUUUACAAAAUGGUAUUAUGGUUGUCGAAGACGAAAAUUCCUUUACAUUGUUGAUAUCACAUAGGUCGAAUUCGACUGUCAAAUUAGACGGAAACGAUAGAUAUAUGAGUUAAUUGCAUUCUAAACUACAUUGCGCCUGUUUGUCGUAAGAGUUUGUAACCUACUUUUAUAUUAAUUUUUUUAUAUACCACAACAUUUUUCUAUUAUUAAACUUUCGAUGGCAAAUAAGUUGCAGAAUACCACGAAAUGUAAAAUUCGCCUCCGUCUAGGACUGCUGUUGAUUUUCGGCUUCGACAACGGGAAUAAAGGUGGAUAUUACACAGAUUGUCCAUCGAAUUAAAAUUCGGAGACUUCGGACGCCACUCUAGGACAGAUGUUUUAUGGCUUCUUUACCAAAGAGAGCUUAAGGCUCUUAUCCAUUCGGAAACUUUAUCUGACUUGCCUAUAGUCUUUAGAUAAUGCAAGGAUACAAUUCUGUAAAAUUUCAAUGUAACUUGUAGAUAUUGUGAUGGUUCUGUAUACGAUACAACAAGCCCACUCCAUUGUUUAGAAACAUUCCCUAAACCAGUGAUGGGCACACUAACACAGUUGAUAAUAAUAAAUUAUGUUUGUAUGAGGUGCAGUAAAUCCCGACCAAUGAACCAGGUGCAAAAUAGCAACAAUGUGAAAACCGAACGAUGUUACACGAGUUGCUUACACUAUCCUAUCCGUGUGCUGCUAAUAGAUUUCCUAUGCCCGCGGUCAUAGUAAUUUAUAUGCGGUUGUGUGUUGUUGCCCAUCUAUGCCCUACACCUUAAUAUUUACACCGACAUUUUUGACAGUUUAUACGGUCAAUCCCAUGGCAGCCGGUUGUAUGUACCGGAUUGACCCGAUGAAUUCCUUCAUCGGCAAGAGCUGCCGCCUCAGUGUACCACACGCUGCUACUACAACAACAGUUUAUACGGUGUAAUUGGGAUUUGCUGUGCCUUCAGCCGAUGUUAUCGCCUAUUUGGUUUAUUAAAAAUGAUUCUUAGUUAUCAGACCAAAGAAAGUUGAUAUUGCCAUUCUUCUCUUUUUAGAUGAAUCUAUUUUGAAAACAUAGGCAUACUUUCUAUUCACAAACUUUCAAUAAUUAAAGUUUUUCUAAGAAUAUAUACUAAAGUUUUUUUUUUUUUGUUUAGACGAUGUUAACAGAUUUUGUUUUGAUCGUUCUAUGUUUCGCCUCACAAGUUUCGGUUUGCUGACGCAAGUUUCCGGUUUGUGUAUGCACUGUAAGCAAUUCAGCCACUUUUCAAUAAUAAUUUCCUAAGUUUAGUAACUUUGACAUAUUUCUUUGUAACAGGGUUACAGUGCCUCGAUCCCCCUAUAUCUGCCUAGGUUGCAAGUAGAAAAACUUGAGUUAAAACAAAAUGUUAUACCUAAACUCUUGUUUUAACAUUCUAUGAACAAAUAACGGAUUUUUAUUCGCUUUGAGCAAACGUUUUAGUAAAUUUUGUACAUUUCUUAAACGAAUUGAUUUAAUGUCCCUAUUUUUAAGCAUAAACUAAAAUUUGACUUUUUGUGGCAAUAAUGCUUGCUUGCGACGAGAUAUCAGUACAUGUUUGACAUUUUCAUAACGGGAAUUGUUUUUGCAGUGUAUAUGCAAUAAAACAUUGCUAUAAACCAUCGAUCUAGCUCCCAUUUUACGCACUUUAGAAUCCUUUAUUUGUCUGUUGAGUCAUUGUCCCUGUUUUUUCGCACAUCACUGUAUGUAUGUGUAAUGCUUUCUCAUUAAAGUGUCACUAAAACUCAUUCCGUAUAUGGGUAUAACCGCGAACACACCUACGUGUAUGUAUUAGAUAAGCUGAAAAAAUAUUUGUGCUGUUGAUUUGCUAACUGAUAUCUCUUGUGGCGUUUUAUGAAAUAUGGUCACUCAGCUUGCCCUUUAAAUGUUAUACUACGAUGGUGGAUAAACCUUAACACCGAUAUUCACAAAACCUGAUGUGGAGUUGAUCUAGGUGUAUUUAACAGAUUUCCUUUAUUGAACUGUAAAAUAAACCUAUUUUAAGGCUUCAUCAAGUUUUGUGAAUAACAGUAAAACCUUUAAGUCAUUUUAAAAUUUGACAACUGUCUGAAUAGAGAGCCGGUGGUAUACGAGUAUGUUAGUACUAUAUAUAGGUAGUUCCAGUCAGAAAGCCGUCCAAAAUAAAAUAUACAAUUGAUCUGGUCGACAUAUUUUUUGUAUUAAGGAGGGUAUAACGACGUAUAAUCUUUUUUUAAAUCUAAAAUCCUAAAAGGGACUAUAUUUAAACCUUUAAUGUUGUCUGUUACAACUUUGAAGUGUCAGUUGCAACUAGUUUUUUACGCUCGUUUUUUUACUUUUGCGCCAAGCUAUCACAUAAAUCAAUCUAGUACAAAAGUUUAGUUAAACAAAAAAAAAAAAGAAAAAACUAACGAUGCAAAACUACAACUUCCAAUAUGUAUGUGUCCCCCAUAAUACCCAUCACUAUGUUUAACAUGUCCAUAACUGUGUCUUAAUAACGCAAUGGUCCCACUUCGAUAAUCCGUUUUUGUUUUCAAUCUAAAGACUUUGACAGAUUAAACCGCUUUGUUUACAUUUAUCGUGGCUAGAAAAAUGUUGAUAUGAAACUGGGUGAAUGUAAAUUUUAGGAAUCUCAAGAAUUGUGCUCUAGUCGAAUUUAAGUUCCUUGAUUUUCUGCGUUUCUUAUUCAAAUUCUUAAACCUACUUUCGUGAUGACAUCCAGAAAAUGUUAAGCAUAUGCCAAUAAACACUACACUCUCCCCCUCCGUUUCCUUACUUUCCACUCGUCAAUGCAAUACACUGCAUACACAGGGGACCAUCCGCUGUUUGUUGGUUGAUAUAAACCUAAAACAAAAUAGAAGAAACGUAAUGUCAACCUUUUGAACGGGAAGAGGUGGUAGUGUUGGUCCAAUCUGCUGGCUCAUGAAUUACAAAUGAUUGAGUUUAUAGAAAGUCUGGUAUGAAAUUGAAACACACACAUGAAAGUAUCGAUAGAAAAACGUAUCGCAACCAAUAUUUCGGGAAUGGCCAAGGCAAACAAGAGAGUUGAAUACAUUACACACCCAGAAACUCCUACACGGAGCCAAAAGGCCCAUACACUUGGUUGCUUCUUGCUACACUUCAAAUACAUGUUUUGACCAAUCUUUAUGCGCAAAACAUCAAGAGCUUCUGAUUGCUCAUCCGUCAACCAACAAAAUCUAAUGUGUUCAAUCGACCCCUCGCAGAAGUGGGCAGGUAGUACUGGCGGAGUGUUCCAUCCAUAAAUCGUCUUCUCACUACGAGUCGGUCUAUGGUCGAAUGAAUAUGAAUGAGAGAGAUUGUAGUCAUUCGCAAAUGAGUAGAUUAUAUUCGAAGUCUGACUCAGUAGAUAAACAGGAUACCCCUGUGGAGGAAACAUAGAUUUGUUGUUGCUCCCGGAUAUGUAGUAUAUACGCUUCUUGUCGAGGUUUAUCCGUUCCUUUUUACUGGUACUGGUGUGUUGUAAACACUCCGGAUUUGACGCUCAGAAAACAUUAACGAAUUGACUUUCAAAAAAUGCCAAAUUUUCCCUUUUCGCUCAAAAGCAAAAUAAUUGAAAAUAAAGUUUAUAUGCAGAGUUGAUAGUGGUAUUGCCACAAAAUUUUCUUCAAAAACAUUAAAGCUAAACCUUAAGAGCCAAUACGGCGGAUUGUGAAUAUGAAAAAUAGAUGUUAAGGGUUUCAUGCAUUUUUCUUUAGGGGAACUUUUAUAAAAAAUAUAUAUGUACAAUCAUAUCAAAAUGAAGAAACUAAAACGCCUAUAACAAGUGUAAUGUUGUUGGAAAAACGAAACAUUCCCAUUUCCCCAUAUCGCAAUGAAAAAUUCUUUCGCUCAAAUUGCUGUCAGAGUGAUGGGCACUUAGGGUUCCCCAAAAGAAACCCGCAUAGGCUUCGCUAGGAUUAAAUUCAAAAGAACUUUGGAAACUGGAGAGUAAAAAAAAUUAACUUUAAUAGCCCCUGGAUUUUGUUGUGUAUAUUAUUUAAUUAUCAAUAAUUUUAAUUUGUUUAAGUUAAUGUUUGUUUGUUUUGUUUAUCACUCAAAAUCCCGCUAUUCAUAAUUUGCUUCCAAUCGCAAUAAAGCGGCGGAUUGGGCAUUGGAUUUCUUGUAUUCCCUCGAACAAACCGCUAAAGUCAACAAAUUUAGGCAUAGCUUUGAGUUUAUCAUAAUUAUUUUGUUUUGUUAUAUUUUUUAUAUUGAUUUUAAGUUUUUGAUUUUCAUUAAAGAAUAAAUUACGCACAUUGUUGAAAUAAUUAUAAUAAAUUGUUGUCACUAAUAAACUAAUGUAUCAUAAUAAUAAUAAUAAUACAAUGUAACAAUACAUAAUUAUUAACAGACAUACAUAUGUAUAUAAAAACACAAGUCGUAUAUUGGAUAAAAAGUUGGAUAGGAAAAAAGCAACUAUAAAACCAAGCUUAUGACAGAGAAUUUAUAAUGAAAAUGAAAGAAAUCCGAACGAUAGCGUAAACUUUAAAUAACGAAAAAGAAAGUAUAUAAAUAAUAUCCCAACAAACAAACGCAACCAAACUAAAAAAAAAAAAAACAAACAAAAUAAAA